AUGUUCUCUCCUGCGCUUGGGAGAGCCUUUCGCUCGUCCAGCGCCAUCGCCGCUGUACCGACCAGCUCCGUUGGCCGCGCUGCGAUAAGCACCGCGCAACAGCCUUUCAGACCGGGCCACCAGCGGCGCCUGUCGUCGUCGAAGCCCUCUACACCCCCGGACAACUCGAAGCGGCCCACGGAGAAUGCCGCAGAAGAGCUGAAGGCGUCAGAGAAGAGGUCGAGGCGGAGCAGCAAGCUCAAGGCUUCGGGCGCGUCUGCGCCGACCACAGCAGCGCGCAACAUCCCAUACGUCAAGCCAACAGACCACCUCAUGGAGCACCACCUGGUUCUCUCCACCCUCUUCUCCCAGCACCGCCCCAUCUCCAUCAGCCCGGGCGUCGAACAGUCCGUGCCGAAUGCGGCGUCCAUGGAGCAGUUCGAGGCUCUGUUCCAGCCCCAGAGGCGCAACGAGUCCGAGAUCAUCGUGAACACGCACAAGACCCUGGCCGACUUCAUCCAGGGCGUCCAGGCCUCGGCCGACCAGUACGAGGCCAUGGAUGCUUUCGAGGAAGCUGCAGAGGACAUCUACCACCUCGACGGCCUCGUCUCAGCACAGCCGGAGACUCUGGAGAGCUAUGCGUUCAGGCCGCCACCCGCGCCCGCUCCUUUUGACCCAUUAGCGCUCGAGGAGGCGCACGACAUCACCCUCCCUACCACCCACACCGGUCGCUCCAAGACCUUUCGCGAGCACAUCAGGAGGAGGCGAAGCGGCAUGCUUCUGAUUAGCGUCAAGAGGCAGAGAAAGCUGAAAAUGAAGAAGCAUAAGUACAAGAAGCUCAUGAAGAGGACGCGUCUGCUGCGAAGGAAGCUGGAUAGGUUGUAG